AUGUUGUUAACAAAAGCUACUACAUUAAUUUGUGCUAUUACGUCAUCUGUAAACGCUUCUCCUAUACAAUCUGAAAUUGUUGAGAACCCAGAAUUAGAAGUUAGAGGUCCCAGUCGAGGUCGUGGUCGUGGUCAUUGUAAAAAUCACUGUAAAGGACGUCAUGGAAAGAAAUAA